AUGGAUAGCAAUGGGUCUGUGGUGAUAUAUUUUGAACAUGGUGAAGAGCAACAUAUUUCUACACUAGUGAUGAAAGGAAGAUAUGAGGAGAUUACUUAUUCUGAGUUGGUUAAUAGAAUAGCCAAGAAAAUGAAGAUCAAUGUAGUUGUGACGAAGCUUCAAUUGAGUUACUUUCCGCUGGCAAUGAAUAAUAAGAGGCCUUGCUAUAUCUUGGAUGAUGAAGAUAUUUUAGGAUAUUUAAUGAAGGUAGAUAAGAAAAACCGACGUAGUGUCUUGCAUGUGGAGCUUAAGGAAAUCGUCUCAGAAAAUCAGAGUAACGAGAUGUUUUCUAUGAAUGAGGAAAAUCUGAAUGAUGCCAGAGCUAAUGAUGACAUGGCUGGAGUUGGUGAGUUGGAAAUUGUUCCACAUAUUCUCCCUCAUGUUCAGGAGGAUGAGUUAGAGCAUGAGAAAAUCAAUGAAGAGGGUGAUGAAAUGGAUGAUAGGGAGGAGUUGCCGGCAGUUACAGCAGUUGAACCUCCUGUUGUCAAUUCAGAGUGGGAUGAUGGCAUUGAUAUGAGUUUGCAUCAAGAAUUUGCGACUAGAGAAGAAGUGAGGGAUUUAGUGGACAAAGGUGUGCAUUCUAAUUGUUUUGAGGUUGAUAUAAUGAAGUCGAAUCCUCGGGUUUACAUAUUGAAAUGUCGUGGGGCUGGAUGCAGAUGGUAUUUACGAGCUGCAAAGCUGAAGAACUCUGCUUUUUUCUCUAUCAGAACUUAUAGAAAGAUGCAUACAUGCUCGCGUGGAGAUGCAAGUGUCAUGAAGAAGAAGAAAAGAGGUACACCAGGCUUGGUCGCAUCAGUGGUGCACAAUGAUUAUCCUGGCAAAUACAAGACUCCGGAUCCAAAGACUCUCAUAGAUUUGGUGAAGAACAGACUGGGUGUUGUGGUUUCAUAUUCUACGGCUUUGAGAGGUAAAAAUAAAGCUUUGAGUGAUUUGCGUGGUAACCCGGAGGAGAGUUUUGCUAGGCUGCCAUCUUACUUGUACAUGUUACAAAGGAUGAAUCCUGAUACCAUUACACGAUUAGAAGUGGAUGAGAAGAACCAGUUUAAGUAUAUGUUCUUUGCGCUCGGAGCUUGCAUCGAAGGGUUCAAAGCGAUGAGGCAAGUGAUAAUAAUGGAUGGAACUCACCUGAAGGGUGUGUACAAAGGAGUGCUUCUCAUUGCCACUGCUCAGGAUCCAGAUCAUCAUCAUUAUCCCCUCGCUUUUGCAGUAGUAGAUGGUGAGAAAAAUGCGAGCUGGGAGUGGUUUUUAACCAUAUUAAAAACUUUGAUACCAGAUGAUCCUCGGCUUGUGUUUUGUACUGAUAGAAACCAGAGCAUCAUCAAGAAAGUACACGAAGUGUACCCGUUGGCGAUCCAUGGAUAUUGCAAUUAUCACUUAUCUAAUAAUGUCAGCGGAGCAUGCAGCAAUGUUAACAAGAAAGGGGUUGCCAGUAAAUUUCGCCAAAUUGCUGGUAUAUACAACGAGGUGGAGUUCCGAAAAUGCUACAAUGAUUUCAGGAGAACGUAUCCUCAAGCGGCCGCAUAUCUUGAUGACAGUGUUCAUGAGACCAAAUGGGCAAGAUGUAAAUUUCCGGGAGAAAGGUACAACAUAGACACAACCAACACUGUUGAAUCUAUCAAUGGUGUUUUGAAGGAACCAAGGAAAUAUGCACUGUUGCCAAUGCUUGAUGUGAUCUUGGCAAAGAUGACAGAAUGGUUUAACAAAUACCGUAUAGAAUCUUUACGCGUACCAGAGAGGCAGAUACUAGUCCCGUAUGUGCAUGGGAUAUUGCAUCACAAUUAUCCUAAGGCAAAAAAGCUCACGGUGACCGAGCUAAAUACAUUUGAAGGUCACUACAAUGUGGUUGGCAAAGAUGGUCAUGGUUAUUUUGUUGAUUUGAGCAACGGAACAUGCUAUUGUAGGUAUUUUGAUAUUGAUCGGUAUCCUUGUGUGCAUGCACUUGCUGUCAUCAUGAAGCGUGGAGAAAUGGCUGAACAUUAUUGUUCUAGAUAUUACUGGAUGGAGCAGUGGACUUUGGCAUAUUGCAGGACAAUAUAUCCAGUGCCUCAUCAUUCAACAUGGGAAAGUUCUGAAAUUCCUGAGGAAAUCCGAUCUAAGGUUGUCUUCCCUCCGUAUGUGGAAAAAAAGAAAGGAAGACUACAAGUUACUAGAUUCCCAUCUGCAGGAGAAUAUCGUAGGAAGAGAAAGAAGAAGUAUCCACCAUUGAUUGGUGAAAACGAAGAAAGUGGCAGUGAUGACAGUGGCAGUGGCAGUGACAGUGGCAGUGGCAGCAGUGACAGCAGUGGCAACGAGGCAAAUGGGGACGAGGGAGGUGACAACGAAAAUGAUGAGUGA